GAGCUGGGGAAAUACGGUCUGCUCUAUUACAAUGCACUGUUUAUGAUCCUGCCCACCUUGACCAUUGCCUACUUCACUGGAGAUGCGCAGAAGGCGAUGGAUUACCAGGGCUGGGCAGACACAUUCUUCAUUGUGCAGUUUAUGCUGUCGUGUGUAAUGGGGUUUAUUUUGAUGUACUCCACGGUUCUUUGCACUCAGUAUAAUUCUGCUCUUACAACUACAAUAGUUGGCUGCAUUAAGAAUAUUUUAGUAACCUAUAUUGGGAUGUUUUUUGGAGGAGACUAUAUUUUUACAUGGAUGAACUUCAUUGGUCUAAAUAUCAGUAUUGCUGGAAGCCUGGUGUAUUCCUACAUCACUUUCACGGAGGAGCAAAUGAGCAAGGAGUCUGAAGCUGGCAGCAAGAUGGAUAUUAAAGGAAAAAGCUCUGUGUGA